CGGAGCUUGAGGUUACUGUCGGUCAUUUACCUGAGGAGAAGGCGGCGGCGGUGGAGAUACUGAGACCGGGAGAGAUAGUAAGAAGUGUCCUCCUCCUCUUUCUUCUAGCGGAGCCGUUAUCUCCUCCAUCACCAGCAGCGUCCUCCGAUUCCCAAAAAAGUAAGAAGAUUAUCCAGAGCAGACAGUCCUAUCUCACAAGUCUUGGCUCCAAAAGACUAAACUCACAGUAGUUUUGCCGCAAAGUGAUAAGUAAUGCUUGCCUUCUUGCACUGCUGCCUUCGGUAAACACCUUCUGCCGCUGCUUUAUAAGUUUUCCUUAAGAACCCAAAGAAUAUUGAGGCGAGCACAGAGCCCAAAUAGUCAUACCAGUGCCAUGAAGCUUAAGGCAGAAGUGAGCACUGUUGUAUUGCUGCCUGUCUACCUUUUAAUGUUUGUGUACAGCGCACUCACGUUUUUACCGUGGUAUUUUCUCACGAAUGCAAAGAAGAGAAAGGCUAUGGCCAAAAGGAUAAAAGCAAAGUCCGUUUCGGAGAAAAUUGGGAGCCCCUACAGGGCCAUUAGCCACUUUGAUUCACUGGCCACCAUAGACAUUCCCGGAGCCGACACAUUGGACAAACUGUUUCAACAUGCAGUGGCAAAGUUUGGCAAUAAAGACUGUCUCGGUAUAAGGGAGGUCCUGAGCGAGGAAAAUGAGAAGCAACCGAACGGCAAAGUUUUUAAGAAGUUAAUUUUAGGGGAAUAUCGGUGGUUAAGUUAUGAAGAAGUUAACACAAGGGUCAACCAUUUUGGAAGUGGGUUGGCUGCACUAGGCCUGAAACCGAAGAGCACAGUUGCCAUUUUCUGUGAGACCAGGGCGGAGUGGAUGAUUACGGCACAAACCUGCUUCAAGUACAACUUUCCUUUGGUCACGCUGUAUGCCACACUUGGCGAGGAUGCUAUUGUCUAUGGCCUGAAUGAGUCUGGAGCGACACACCUCAUUACCAGUUCUGAGCUGCUAGAAACUAAGCUGAAGGGUGUGCUGUCACAAAUCGGCAACAUCAAGCACAUCAUCCAUGUUGGAAAGAAGAACAUCAACAAAUCUGAAUAUCCUGCAGACAUAGAAGUUCAUAGCAUCGAACAAAUAGAGGAGUUGGGUGCCAAGCCUGAGAAUUUGAACAACCCUCCCAGCCGACCUAUACCCAGCGACCUAGCGGUGGUGAUGUAUACCAGCGGUUCAACUGGCAGACCUAAAGGCGUGAUGAUGAUACACAGCAAUUUAAUAGCUGGCAUGGCUGGACAGUGUGAACGGAUACCUGGACUUGGGCCCAAAGACACCUAUAUUGGAUACUUGCCUCUAGCACAUGUACUAGAGAUGACUGCAGAGAUAUCAUGCCUUACCUAUGGGUGUAGAAUUGGUUACUCCUCUCCACUAACACUAUCAGAUCAGUCCAGUAAAAUUAAGAAGGGAAGCAAAGGUGACUGCUCUGAACUGAGGCCCACACUGAUGGCUGCUGUGCCUGAAAUCAUGGAUCGCAUUUACAAGAAUGUCAUGAGCAAAGUGCAAGAAAUGAAUGUUUUCCAGAGAACCCUGUUCAAGCUGGGCUAUGACUACAAGCUGGAGCAAAUUAAGAAGGGAUACGAUGCCCCGUUAUGUAACGUCAUACUAUUCAAAAAGGUCAAAGCUUUAUUAGGAGGGAAUGUCCGUAUGAUGCUGUGCGGCGGGGCUCCCUUAUCUCCACAGACCCAAAGGUUUAUGAAUAUCUGUUUCUGCUGUCCAGUUGGUCAGGGAUAUGGAUUAACAGAAACGUGUGGGGCUGGUACCAUCACAGAAGUAACGGACUACAGCACUGGCAGAGUGGGCGCUCCUCUUAGCUGCUGUGAAAUUAAACUCCGUGACUGGUUGGAAGGAGGUUAUACAAAUGAAGACAAACCUCACCCAAGGGGAGAGAUUGUCAUCGGAGGACAAAAUGUUUCCAUGGGCUAUUUCAAAAACGAAGAAAAGAGCUUGGAGGAUUUCUAUGUAGAUGAAAACGGUCAGAGGUGGUUCUGCACUGGGGACAUCGGGGAGGUUCACCCUGACGGCUGCUUGCAAAUAAUUGAUAGGAAGAAGGAUUUGGUAAAAUUGCAGGCCGGAGAGUAUGUGUCAUUGGGCAAAGUGGAAGCUGCUUUAAAAAACUGUUCUCUCGUUGACAACAUCUGUGCCUAUGCCAACAGUCUCCAGUCUUACGUGAUUAGCUUUGUCGUUCCUAAUCAGAAGAAGCUGACCGGUUUAGCACAACAGAAAGGGAUCGAAGGAACUUGGGAGGAAAUCUGCAACAAUCCCACAAUGGAGGCAGAGGUGUUGAAGGAGAUUAAGGAGGUUGCAUCUUCAAUGAAAUUGGAGCGAUUUGAAAUUCCAAUCAAGGUACGGCUCAGCCCGGACCCCUGGACUCCUGAGACAGGUCUUGUUACGGAUGCCUUCAAGCUGAAGAGGAAAGAGCUGAAGAACCACUAUUUAAAUGAUAUUGAGCGCAUGUACGGAGGGAAGUAGGAACCUGGCUCCAUAUGGACUAUACAUUUGGAUUUCUGGUUUUGUUUGUCCUUGUUACCUUUUGUUUUCCCCUGUCAGACAAAAGGACGCCUUUCUACAGACUGGAUAAACAUUCUAUCUAUGGGAUAUGUGAUGACUAUGCAUGUUUGUGCAGUUACAGUUGAAGAGACGUAUAAUUUAUAUAUUUAUUUUAUUUUUUUUCAGUUUGCACUCAAAUGUAAAACCACUGACACACAUGAAUUCAGAAUGGAUAUUUAUCAGAACAAAAUCUAUACAUACAACAGGCACCAACCUGACAUUGUGGACGUAUAACUUUCAUGAAGUUCAUGUCAUUUUAAGAUUCUUUGGCCUCUUGCACAUGAACGCUAUGCAUCCGUUCCAUGCAUUGGGAACUGCAAUUUGCAGUACCCAAUGCACGGUCGGCAGCCGUGACGGAUUGAGACCCAUUCAACUUGAAUGGGUCCGUGAUCUGUCUGCACCGCAAAAAAAAUAGAACAAGUUCUGUUUUUUUGC